UACAAUAUAAAAAUAUAACAAGAAAAUUGGUAUUUUUAAAUUUUAAUUGAUUUGUCAGGAAGAAUAAUCAAUAUGGUUGUGCAAUGAAUUCUCUGCAGGACAAUGCUUACUACCAUCCUGUGUAUAUUGGUUGCAUAAACAAUGACGCUUAAUAUUCUGUUUGAUUUUCCUCCAUUUUGAAUUCUCUAUAUGCCUAGGUAUCAUUUUGUGGUAAUGUUAAUAUAUUUACUUUCUAGUUUGAUUGUUUGCAUUUGACUAUCACCUAUGAUACUGUUAAUCUCAUUUUCUUUUUUUGUUACUUUAUGGCGUUGAGUCUAUUUCCUCAUAUUGCUAAAAAACUUGUUUCCAUCGUUAUGUAGCAUGUCCCAUGCUUAAAAAAGUCCCUCAUGUUCUCGUUGUUCAUGGAGAAGGUGAUGGUACGCUCGAGUAUAUGAAGAGAAACAAGCCUUCUAACUGGAUUCUCCACAAGCCUCCAUUACCCAUUUCAUAUGGAACACAUCACUCGAAAGCCAUGCUUCUUGUCUAUCCUCAAGGAGUUCGAGUCAUCGUACAUACGGCAAAUUUAAUAUAUGUUGAUUGGAACAACAAAAGCCAAGGUUUGUGGAUGCAAGAUUUUCCAUGGAAGGAUCAAAACAGUGCAAGCAAGGGGUGUGGAUUUGAAAGUGACUUAAUUGAUUAUCUGAGUGUACUAAAGGUACUAUUAUAAAAUUGGAUUCAUCACUGAAGAUGUGUACUUUCUGAGAAUCAAUGCUAAUUUCUAAGAAGCUAUUUUAAGUUCCUCCUACUAUUUUGGAGAUAGUUCAUCAAUGCUGACCAGAU